UAGCUGACAAAAGCCGAGCAGUGUCAACACUGUCAGUAGGGCCAAAAGAUGUGCUUUCUACAGCAAGGCGUCAUUUUGAUCCUGGUUGCAGCUUGCCUGGCUCAAGAUGGAGGUUUUAAUUUGGACUGUAGACCUGAUGCAGUCACAAUCAAAUGGCCCCAGAAACUGACGCAAGAGCAAGUCCAAAACCCGUAUACAUUUCUCCUGGGUAACUGUCUCCCCUCAAGUGUGAAUGAGGAUGGGGUGCUCUUCCAUGUUGGAUUUAACGACUGUCUCUUCCAGAGAGCGGUGUUUGAAGAUAAGAUCAUCUUCAUGAAUUUGCUAUCCUACAGACCAAACUCUGCAGUUCCAUCUGUAUUUCAUAUUGUGGAUUGUGUUUUUGACCGGCCUGCAUUGUUGACUCCCUUGGCUGCUCAGUCAGGCAUACCGGGGACAAAUGAAGAGAAAGUGGUUUUCAGCAUGGAACUAAUGAAUGAUGACUACAGUGGCCCAGCGCCCUCCACUACCUUUACCGUGGGCUCCAAGAUCUCGCUCAGGGCCACCGUGGCUGUACGGACAGAUGCACCACAGCAGAUCUUCCUGAAUGAGUGUGUUAUGACUGAGUCUUCAGACCCAUACCUGGCCAACGAGACCUACACUAUAAUCACAGACGAAGGGUGUCUACUAGAAAGCAAAUAUGGAAACGCAACAUUUCUACCCAGAGAGAAACCCUCUGAAAUCCGUCUUUCUCUAGCUGCAUUCGGCUUUGCUGACACAGAGGAGGUCUACCUCCACUGCAAGCUGGUUUCAUGGCAGGCCCAAAACCUCGAUGUUGACAUGAAGGCCUGCUACUACAGGAAGGACAAGCGGAAAUGGGAGCUGCUCGAUGAUUCUUCUCGAAGUGAUCUUUGCAGUUGCUGUGACUCCAUAUGCCAACAAAGAGCAAGAGGACUGUGGCAGAAUGUUGCAGUUGGUCCUAUAAGAAUUCUCCAUGAGUCAAAGAAAGAUUCCGCUUGGAAAGGUCCAGAAGGUUCAACCGUAUUCUGGCUCCUCGUCGUGGCUGUGCCUGUGGUCUUACUAAUUGCAACGGGAACUCUGGCACUGAGCUAUUAUCUCUGUAUAUGGAGGGGUGGCAGGCUUGGGUACCGUCCCAGCAGGGACCUAUUAAAUAAAUAUUAACUAAG